CCAAAAACAAUGCUAUUUCCUGACCUUACCACGAACCGAGAGUACUUAAUGUUAAGAGCACAGAUAGUUAGGUAUCGCAAAACACUCUUCGUAUAAUUUAAAAAACACUUCAAACAGUUUGCUAACAAUGCUGCAACAGCGAGUCCUUCAGACAGGUGGCAUGGAUGCCAUAAAUUCAGCUCUAGCUAAGCAAGUUUGCACUGAUUUAAUGAAAGAUAAUAAUCUAACAAAUAUUAAAAUCGACUACGAUAAGGAUUUGGAGGCUGUUUAUUUAUGGUCACAAUAUGAAGAUGGACGUCUUGUGGCAUUCCUACCCACACUGUACUCCAAAUCUAUCGACUUUACAUUAGUGAAUAAUCUUCAACAAAAACUGAGUAGUAGCAUCACAUUUUUGGCCAUUGUAGAUAACACUGCAAACAUUCUAUAUUACCAAAUCUCAAAUAAGCUAUUAGAAAAGCAAUGAUCAUUAGCUUAUUUAGCUAUUAUUUGCAUGUAUGGGAUAGAUAUACGCAUGUAUGUAUGUUUAUAUUAUUAGAUUACCAAAAUUGUAA